UCCAGGUUACUUAUACACCACUUGUCUUUCACAACAGUCACUCAGCUGCCCCAGCCACACAGGACAGAUUGCCAGUAGCCGAGCAAAGAACAGGCUGAUGGAUGAUAGAAGAAAGAUGAGGGUCAGGGGUUUAUGUACAGUAAUAUUCACUGCUGUGUUGGCCUGGUGUUUGGAGAUAACAGGCGCUGAAGUUACCCUGACCCCUUCUAAAGCAAAUGUCACUAUUGAUGGAAGUGCCACUAACUUUCCACCUGUGGAAUUCACUAAAGGCAACACUGACCUGAAAGAAAAAUCUAAUAAGUCAGUCUCAACCAAUGAUUUUGACUCGACACAAAGCCCUUUGAAUUUUUCUAGAGCCUACACCCUCGGUGAUGCUCAGAACUCAUCAGAAGUUGGUGCCACCAUAGACACCAGUUUAAACACAAGUCUCACUGAUGGAGUUAAGUUUUUGCAGGAAAAUCAUAGCACUACAGAAUUGACUACUCCUGAAAAGCAAGAGAAAAGCAAUGCAUUCUGUGUAUUGUUAUACAAAAUAUGGAAUCAUGGCAAGCUGAGAAAUACCUCCACGGAUUUUUUUACUCAACAUGGGGAAGAAGAGUAUGAAGCCAGGAAGGAUGUUGGAGCUCACAAACUGCUGGCCAUGUUUCUGGGAAUGGCAGGGGUGCUGGCCUGCUUGUUAAUACUCAUCUACUGUAUCUACAAUCGGCAGCAUAAGGAGGAAAUGUUUUCCCACCGCAGACUCUACGGAGAAGGUUUUGAAGAUCCAGUUCUGCACCUCGACACUCCAAUGGAUCACUAUGACUUCUUCUCCUUCAAAGACCACGACACAACGACACCUGCCCUUACAGCACAGAACAUGGAAGACCAGAAGAACCCAGGUUACCCAUCAAAAGGGGACUACAAAGUAGAUGUACCAAAAGGCACCUCCUCGAACGAACACUUGAGGCAAAUUUUUCAGUUGGGGCCCCUUAAGCUUAUGUAGGCUUCUCUCCUUUGGCUUCAAAACGUUUUCUGUUUAAACAUUUGAGUUAGUUAGAAAUAAGACAUUACAUUGCAACAACCUGUAAAUUAUAUCCGUAUAAUACACAAAAGCCAUGAAUAUCUUGUAUAUUAUAUCCUUAUAAA